UCAGAAAUGGAGAUUGGCUUAGCAGUUGGUGGUGCAUUUCUCUCUUCAGCUUUGAAUGUUCUCUUUGAUAGGCUUGCUCUUCACGGUGAUCUGUUCAACAUGUUUCAGAAGCAUAAGCAUCAUGUUCGGCUCUUAAAGAAGCUGAGGAUGACUUUGCUUGGCCUGCAGGCUGUGGUAAGUGAUGCACAGAAUAAGCAAGCAUCAAAUCCAUACGUGAGUCAGUGGCUUAAUGAGAUUCAAGAUGCUGUGGAUGGUGCUGAGAACUUAAUAGAAGAAGUCAAUUUUGAAGCUUUGAGACUUAAGGUGGAAGGUCAGCAUCAAAAUUUUGCAAACACAAUAAGCAACCAGCAGGUAAGUGACCUCAACCGGUGCUUGGGUGAUGAUUUUUUUCCUAACAUAAAGGAGAAGUUGGAAGACACCAUUGAAACAUUGGAAGAGUUGGAAAAGCAAAUUGGUCGCCUUGGCCUAAGGGAAUAUCUUGAUUCGGGUAAACAAGAUAACAGAAGACCUUCAACUUCUUUGGUUGAUGAAUCUGAUAUCUUAGGUAGACAGAAUGAAAUAGAGGAAUUGAUUGAUCGUUUAUUGUCUGAUGAUGCCAAUGGAAAAAAUCUCUCUGUAGUUCCUGUUGUUGGAAUGGGGGGCGUGGGCAAGACAACACUUGCUAAAGCUGUUUACAAUGAUGAGAAGGUAAAAGACCAUUUUGGUUUAAAAGCUUGGAUUUGUGUGUCUGAACCAUAUGAUGCUGUCAGAAUAACAAAAGAGCUACUUCAAGAAAUUAGCUCAUCUGACUGUACGGUUAAUAGCAAUCUUAAUCAGCUUCAGAUCAAAUUGAAGGAAAGCUUAAAAGGCAAAAAGUUUCUUAUUGUUUUAGAUGAUGUCUGGAAUGAAAACUAUGAUGAGUGGGAUGACUUGAGAAACAUUUUUGUUCAAGGAGAUAUAGGAAGUAAGAUCAUUGUGACGACACGUAAGGAGAGUGUUGCCUUGAUGAUGGGUUGUGGGGCAGUCAACGUGGGGACUCUGUCUAGUGAAGUCUCUUGGGCUUUAUUCAAACGACAUUCAUUAGAAAACAGGGGUCCUGAGGAACAUCUAGAGCUUGAAGAGGUUGGAAAACAAAUUGCACACAAGUGCAAAGGAUUGCCAUUAGCUCUAAAGGCACUUGCUGGCAUUUUACGCUCCAAAUCAGAUUUGAAUGAGUGGAGAGACAUAUUAAGAAGUGAAAUAUGGGAACUGCCAAGUCAUUCGAAUGGUAUCUUACCAGCAUUGAUGUUGAGCUAUAAUGAUCUUCCUGCACACUUGAAGCGGUGUUUUGCUUUUUGUGCAAUAUAUCCCAAAGAUUAUAUGUUUUGCAAAGAACAAGUUAUUCACCUAUGGAUUGCUAAUGGUCUUGUACCGCAGUUGGAUUCAGGUAACCAAUACUUUCUUGAGUUGAGAUCAAGAUCAUUGUUUGAAAGAAUCCCAGAGUCUUCUAAAUGGAAUUCAGAGGAAUUCUUAAUGCAUGACCUUGUCAACGAUUUGGCCCAAAUUGCAUCUUCAAAUCUUUGUAUUAGGUUGGAAGAGAACCAAGGAUCUCAUAUGUUGGAACAAAGUCGACACAUUUCUUAUUCAACGGGAGAAGGUGACUUCGAGAAAUUGAAACCACUCUUCAAAUCAGAGCAGCUGAGGACAUUGCUUCCAAUCAGUAUCCAGCGGGAUUACCUAUUUAAGCUAAGCAAGAGGGUGCUGCAUAAUGUAUUGCCAAGACUAACAUCCUUAAGGGCAUUAUCGUUGUCACCUUAUAAGAUUGUGGAGUUGCCAAAUGACUUGUUUAUCAAAUUAAAGCUCCUCAGAUUUUUGGAUAUUUCUCGGACAAAGAUUAAAAAGUUGCCAGAUUCCAUUUGUGUAUUGUAUAACUUAGAGAUACUUCUCUUGUCAUCUUGUGAUGAUCUUGAGGAGCUACCACUGCAGAUGGAAAAGUUGAUCAACUUGCAUUAUCUUGACAUAAGCAACACUUCUCGCUUGAAGAUGCCGCUACAUCUGAGCAAGUUGAAAAGCCUCCAUGUGCUAGUGGGAGCCAAGUUUCUUCUAGGUGGCCGCGGUGGUUCGAGAAUGGAUGAUUUGGGUGGAGUACAUAACUUGUUUGGAUCUCUAUCAAUUCUAGAGUUGCAAAAUGUGGUUGAUAGAUGGGAAGCUCUGAAGGCAAACAUGAAGGAGAAGAAUCAUGUUGAGAUGUUAUCAUUGGAGUGGAGCAGAAGUAUUGCUGACAAUUCUAAAAAUGAAAAGGAAAUACUUGAUGGGCUACAACCAAAUACAAACAUAAAUGAACUCCAAAUCGGUGGAUAUAGAGGAACAAAAUUCCCAAACUGGCUAGCUGAUCAAUCGUUUCUUAAGCUAGUACAAUUGUCUCUUAGCAACUGCAAGGACUGUGAUUCCUUGCCAGCACUGGGACAACUUCCUUCUUUGAAAUUCCUUGCCAUUAGAAGGAUGCAUCGAAUAAUAGAGGUGACUCAAGAAUUCUAUGGUAGUUUGUCUUCCAAAAAGCCAUUUAACUCUCUUGAGAAGCUUGAAUUUGCAGAGAUGCUGGAGUGGAAGCGGUGGCAUGUACUAGGGAAUGGAGAGUUCCCUGCACUUAAGAUCCUUUCAGUUGAGGAUUGCCCCAAGUUGAUUGAGAAGUUCCCCGAAAAUCUUUCUUCUCUGACAGGAUUGAGAAUUUCAAAAUGCCCUGAACUCAGCUUGGAGACAUCUAUCCAACUUUCAACUUUAAAAAUAUUUGAAGUUAUUAGUUCUCCUAAGGUUGGAGUUCUUUUUGAUGACACUGAACUGUUUACAUCCCAACUUCAGGAAAUGAAACAUAUUGUUGAAUUGUUUUUUACUGAUUGUAACUCGCUUACCUCCUUACCUAUUAGCAUUCUGCCAAGUACCUUGAAGAGAAUACACAUAUAUCAGUGCGAGAAACUGAAAUUGAAGAUGCCAGUUGGUGAGAUGAUUACUAAUAACAUGUUUCUCGAGGAGUUGAAACUGGAUGGAUGUGAUUCCAUAGAUGAUAUAUCACCCGAGUUGGUCCCAAGAGUAGGCACUUUGAUAGUUGGGCGUUGCCACAGCCUUACUAGACUUUUGAUUCCUACUGAGACUAAAAGUCUCACUAUUUGGUCUUGUGAGAAUCUUGAAAUACUUUCAGUGGCAUAUGGGGCUCAGAUGAUGUCGUUGCGUUUUUUGAAUAUUGAAAACUGUGAGAAGCUGAAGUGGCUGCCUGAACGCAUGCAGGAACUCCUUCCAUCUCUUAAUACGCUGGAACUCUUUAAUUGUCCAGAAAUGAUGUCCUUUCCUGAAGGAGGAUUGCCCUUCAAUUUACAAGUCCUUUUAAUCUGGAAUUGCAAGAAACUGGUGAAUGGCCGAAAGAAUUGGCGUUUACAGAGGCUCCCCUGUCUUAGAGAGUUAAGGAUCGAACACGAUGGCAGUGAUGAAGAGAUUCUUGCUGGUGAGAAUUGGGAGUUGCCUUGCUCUAUUCAACGUCUUUACAUAUCUAAUCUGAAAACUUUAAGCAGUCAAGUUCUCAAAAGCCUCACCUCUCUUGCGUAUCUAGAUACUUAUUAUUUACCUCAAAUUCAGUCACUGCUGGAAGAAGGGCUUCCCUCAUCUCUUUAUGAGCUACGUUUAGAUGACCAUCAUGAGUUUCUUUCACUACCGACCGAAUGUCUUCGACACCUCACUUCGCUUCAACGUCUAGAGAUCAGGCACUGCAAUCAACUCCAAUCUCUUUCAGAAUCAACUCUGCCCCCCUCCCUCUCUGAGCUGACCAUCGGGUAUUGCCCUAAUCUCCAGUCCCUUCCAGUAAAAGGGAUGCCCUCUUCCCUCUCUAAACUACAUAUUUACAACUGCCCGUUGCUCAAACCACUACUAGAAUGUGACAAGGGGGAGUACUGGCAAAAAAUUGCUCAUAUCUCCACCAUAGAGAUCGAUUGGAAAUACCUGUAAUGAUUAAAAGGAAUGGUGCUC